AAGUGGACUGGACAUGAAAAACAACAAUUCAGUCAAUUCCUACAUUUUCAAGCCUCCUUCCGCUAGAGAUAUUUCGUGCCCUCGAAGCAGAUUUUUUACCCAAGUUGAAUGCUACAGGCUAAGUGGAUAAACGUAGAGAACCUGGUAUUUCAGCACCCAGUGACACCAACCUUGAGAGAUAAACAUGGAUGAAGCCGAGGCAUCAGAUGGCUUCAGCGACUGGGAGCAAAUCCAGGCCCCAACAUAUUCAACUCCUCCCUUAACAACAUCAGGGGAACAUGACAACCAUCCCCAACAUCAACAUGAUUUGUCUGUCUUCCCUCCAAGCCGCCAUGAAGGAUUACGAAUAACAUCAGACGAUGAUGAUGAUGAUGAUGAAGAAGAAGAAGAAGAAGAAGUUCAUGUCCAUGAUGAAUCAGAGGUAAAUUCAUCAGUGGGCUCUUGGUCGUCUACCGGGGAUGAAGCAAAUUCACGGCCUUUGAAGAAAACAAACGAGAUUGGUAAAAUCCUGACUAAUUGGAUUGUGAAAGUUGGUGCUAGAGUUCGAUGUCAUAUGGCCUUUGGAUGGGGGUUUUGGCCAGUUGGGGCAGUUACUGGAGCCGUAGCAGCUGUGUUGCUGUCAUUGAUGUAUGCCAAAGUUAGGAAAUGGCGUGCAAGAAUCAAGGAAGAUAAGAAGGAUCGAUUGAUAUUCUUGAUUCAAGAGAAAGACCAGAAGAUCAACCAGCUGUUGGUUCAAAUUGCUCAGAUGAAUGAGCUAUUAUCAGCACGACGCAGGGUUCCAGUGUUUCGAGUCAGCUGACUGACCAUUUGGCCUGCCCAUUGAGCAACAUGGAACCAUUUUAAUUCAGGAUUUCUUUGUAAUUUUGAGUCAGCUUAUAUGAAUUUCACAAUAUCCUUUUGUAUAAGCAAAAGAAACACAGAUACCAGUCUAAUACUACAUAUUUAUACA